GAACUGAGGUUUGUGAACACUGUGGCUUGUGUUUCCUGUUUCAGCAUGCUGCUGUGCGAAAAUAACGUCAGUAUAAGAAGAAAAUGGUGAGGGGGUUUAGAACCUCAGCUUGACAGCUUCCCCGGCCUUCUGAGACCAGAGAGACCUAGAAAGAAAGGGCUGAAGGCUCUCCUGAGACACUUGAGACAGAACCUGGGACUUGAGAUCCAAGCAGCUGUUCAAGGAAAGUAAGCCAAACACAACAGGUGCUCGGGAGGCCACCAUGAUCAGCUCAGACUCGAGGUCCUCCCCUGGCUUGGCUCGGUGGGCUGAGAGCUAUGAGGCCAAGUGUGAGCGACGUCAGGAGACCCGAGAAAACCGUCGCCGCCGCCGCAAUGAGACCACUUGCCGCCAGCCAGGGAAGGUGCUGAGGACCCAACACAAGGAACGGCUUCAGGGAGCUCGGCAGCUACAGUUCCUCAAAAGGAGAAACCUGGAAGAAGAGAAGAAAGGCCAAGCCAGGGAACAAGGGCCCUCCAGCAAGACAGAUGGAGGAACAGGCCAAGUGUCUAUCCUCAAGGAGUCCUUGCCUGGUGCCAACAAGGCCUCUUUCCCUGGACAGCAGGAAACGGGGAUAAGCUCUGAGGUUUUCCCAGCCUUACAUCAUUCCUCCUCAGGCAUCCAGAGGGAUCUGGGUGACCACCAUGCCUCCCAUGGGAGAGCCUUUCCACCACAGGACUCUGACAUCAAGAAGCCACACAGACAGCACCGGGGCACUCAGACAAAGGCAGAAGAGGCAUUGCCAACAAUAAAGAAUGAUGCCAGUCAGCAAACCAACUGUGGAGUUGCUGUCCUAGACAAGGACAUCAUUCAACUCUCGGAAUACCUCAAAGAAGCCUUACAAAGGGAGCUGAUCCUAAAAAAGAAAAUGGUGAUUCUCCAGGACCUCCUGCCUGCCCUGAUCCGGGCCUCUGACAGCUCUUGGAAGGGACAGCUUAAUGAAGACAAGCUGAAGGGCAAACUAAGAUCCCUAGAAAACCAGCUCUACACCUGCCUGCAGAAACACUCCCCCUGGGGAAUGAAAAAGGUGCUGCUGGAGAUGGAAGACCAGAGAAGCAGCUAUGAGCAGAAGGCUAAGGCGUCACUGCAGAAAGUGCUGGAGGAGAAAAUGUGUGCAGAGCAGCAACUACAGAGGGCACAGCUGUCCCUGGCUUUGGCAGAGCAGAAGUGUCAGGAGUGGAAGAGUCAGUACGAGGCUCUGAAGGAGGACUGGAGGACCCUAGGGGACCAGCACAGAGAGCUGGAGAGCCAACUGCAUGUGCUUCAGUCCAAACUACAGGGAGCAGACAGCAGAGACUCACAGAUGAGCCAGGCCCUGCAACUUUUAGAAAAUGAGCACCAGUUGCUGCAGACCAAACUUGAGAGCCUGCAGGGAGACCGAGAGCAGCAGAGCUCUGAGACCCAGGACCUACAAGAUCAACUAAAGAAGUCAGAGGAGGAGAAACAGGCCCUGGUGAGCAAAGUUCAACAGCUACAGAGUCUGCUUCAGAAUCAAUCCUUACAACUUCAAGAACAGGAGAAGCUCUUAAAGAAAGAUCAGGGUCUGCCUGUGUGGAAUCCAAAGCUCUCCCUUGAUGAAGUGAAGCCUGAGGGCACAAGAAAGGAGAAAGAGGAGGAGCUCAGAGACCAACUACAAAAGGAGACAUUUCGGCUCCAAGCCAAGGAAAAGGAGCUGCAGUGUGGUCAAUGGCUCCCAGUGCUGAUGGUGGUGAUUGCUACAGCACUGGCAGUGUUCCUGGUAAACAAAGGCAACCUGGUCAUCUGAAGAACUUCUGGCAUCUAUCUGAAGUAAAACUCAGAUGCAAACAACUCCAUGAAAACCUUGGGUUCUGGUACUUUAUAACUUGGGUUUCUCUCCAAAUGAAUCCAGACUUAGUUUUAUUUUUUUCACCAUGUUGUAAAUAAACUUUAUCUCACAAGACUA